AUGUAUAACAAAAAGAGCAACGGACCUAAAAUCGAGCCUUGUGGCACUCCUAUGUUAACUAUUGUCAUUUCGGAGUAUACAUUAUUAAACAGAACAACCUGCUGGCGAUUGUGGAGAAAACUAAAAAUAAGCUCUUUUGAUAGAUCACAAAAUGUGCAUCCUAAGAAUUGUUUUGUUUCGAAACAGGUGCGUUUCUCGCCGAUUCAACAAACUAAAAAGUCGUCGAAUCGUGAAAAUCGACGGACUCUCGGUCCGUACGAACUAGCGCAACAACAAUUCAGCAAAUUUUGUCCACUCACGAUUAUCAAAAAACCCCUAUCUCAGGGUAAUUCCACCCCCAAGCAGAAAAGUAUUUUGACGUACGUCCGACCAUCGCAGGACAGUCCGAAGUCCCACAAAUCGGCUUCUUUCGAAGGGUUGGGUCCACGCAAACCCUGCAUUGCUUGUAGUAGAGUUAGUAAGGAACAAGUGAUUGCGAUUUCGUCCCUGACGAACAAAAAACUAGCCAGUUAUAGCACGAGUUUCACCCCGAAAGUGACUCGCUUGAUUGUGGCGACCAACGACAAAAAUUGUUUGAAGGAUCACACGAUCAAGUUCGUCUCGGCUGUCGCCUCGGGUGCGUGGGUGCUGAAUUUCAGGUGGGUGCAGCAGUGUCUGGCCAAGAACGCGUUAGUACCGGAGGAACCGUUCGAAGUUCUGGACGUUUCUGGAGCGCCGGGACCCCAGAGGUCGCGCUUGAACCGGUCAACGAAGCCCCUGUUCAAGGGGUACAAAAUCCACGCAGCUGCGCCAUUUGCGUCGACCACUCAACAAGAGGUCGAGAGUGUGGUUAGGUUGCUGGGGGGGAAAGUGGUGCCAUCGCCUGAGCAUUUGUUGGAUAAGCACGGGUUUGUGUGUGUGAUAGUCACGGAGGCGAGGGCCACCCAGGAUUUCGAGCUUUACGAAACGUGGUUGGAGGCUUUGAAGGUCGUCACCGUGGACAUAGAGUGGCUGAGCAGGUCCGUGGGGCAGUAUAACCUUCUGAGUCUGCGCCCUUUCACGCUGUGCUCGGACGACACGAUCGACAACCUGGGGUACCCGCCGGAGUUGACGGCCAACAUGACGUAUUCGUUCUCGCAACAAACCUUCAGCAGUGUGCCAAGCUCAACGUAAUCUUAAGCAGAAAAUAUUUAUUUUUGUACAGUUGUGAUGCUUUAUUGAAGUUAUUUUUUCACA